UGGCAUCAUUCUCUCAACCUGCAAAACGCGGCACAACAAGUCCAUCACGUCACCAUUCAUUCUACUCCCGAUGAUCUCGCAUCGAGGCUAGACUACAAGGUCUGGCAGCGCUGGGAAGAGAAAGACGGCCAAUAUCCCGCCUUUGAGACCGCCAUUAACCGCAUCGCCGAGCUCCCACACCUGGAAGCUCUUGAGCUUCGAUUCAGCGAUCGAUGUCAAGGAAUCGCCGAUAAACAUCCAUUCUCGGGUGAUUUCGAAGAGGCCGAAUCGCGCAUCAACACGCUCAAAGCCGUCUUUGGAGCAUUGGAAAAGCGAGCCGCCAAUCCCAAGAAUUCUGCUGUCCGGUCUCUCACCAUUGAGAACUUGCAAAAUCUCCCGAUACCGAAUUUCACAAAGUCGAAUGCCUUUAGUAAUGUCAUGAAGAACGUCAAGGAGCUACACCUGUCCAUAGCGACAGAGUAUAACGAGCAUGGCCCCGACCGUGACGUCUACAAAGACGAACGUCAGACUUUUGAGCCCUUUUUGCAGACAGGGCUGCUAGCACCCAUCGCUCAUAAUCUGACCUCUCUCACCUUGAAGUUCGACCAAGAAUGGGGUACCGUCCCAGGCCAGUUCGACGGUCGUAAUCUUUUGUUCCCUCAACUCGAGUCUUUGACAUUGGAAAACUUUGUAAUCGGGCACCAUGAUCACAUGGACUGGGUCUACGCUCAAAAGACACUAAAGAGCCUACACCUGAAAGAUGUUCGCAUUGCCUCGCACCUUCUCGUCGAAGAAGGGAGCAUCGGAAAAUGGGGCCUACGGACAGACGACUGGAAGAGUUGGCCCCGUGGUGCUUUUGGCCACGAAGCCGAUGAUGCUAGAGUCUUUACCUUUUCUGGCACCUGGGAGACUGUCUUUGACUCUAUCCGGACUAGCUUAUCCAGUCUCGUCGACUUUCGUCUCUACGAUCAGACAUAUGGGGUCAUGGGCAACAACUCCGAGGCUUUCAACAAGGGAGUUUCGCCUCAGCGGUAUAUCGCGUUUAGUGAAUGGACGUUGCCGAGUCCGUGGAUCGAGGCAGAAAGUAACGGCGAGUUGCUGGAAUUUUCAGAGAGCUGGUCCGAAGACGAAUCGGAUGAUGAGAUGGAGGAGCAGAUGGCGGAUGAGGACUCUACGUUAAAUCCAGCUUACGAUAAUGAAGAGGGUGACAAGAGGGCUUUGGAUGAAUUGCUCGAUGCCGUUAAACAGAGGCAG